UGUCACUGUCAUGUCUGCAAUUGAAGUAGACAUGUUCAACCGCGCCAUGUCCAACACCCAUCGAGUUCAGUCUGAGCAGUGUGUGUUCUGGUCGCAAUUAGUUGCUUUGAGCUAGCUAGUACGCUGAAAUGCACGGAUUCUCCAGUGUUCGCCGUAAAACCAUGACACUCAUUUCCCGACAUCUACAACAAGAACUAGCAGAUUGCGUAUACCAUGGACCACAUAACGGAAAAUCAAGAACAGGAAGAGGCCAAUGCAAGAGUGGUGCUCAUAGUUCCGAAGAGCCACGUCAAGACAGUGAAAUCUGCUCUUGAACGAGCCGGCCAGCUUGACCGGAGCAGCAAAAUUGUGCCCGAGCAGUGCGGAAAUCAUACGACACUCGCCGCGCAUACUACUCUGAAACAAGGCGAUGUAGUUCCAGUUCGAGAAACAUCGACCACGCAAGCAUCUGGUACGCAUGGCGAAACGAGGUUGUCGCCAUUUGAGUACGAUUUUGUUAAGGGACAGAACGUUGAACUUCCUACUGGGAAGGAUGCGCUGGUCCCAGUACAAGAGGUUGUGUUCCAGCAACGAAUGCGUAUCCCGACGACCAUCUUCUAUCCUUCAAUCAAAGGCGAUGCAAACGCGGAUCUGACCGAAGAAAGCAGCAAUGAAUUCAAAUCCGCAAUAUUACAGAACUUGGAUCUGGAGUAUCUUCACCACGAAACUGAACUAGCACAUCAUGCUGCUGAAGCUAGUCCUCUCAAGUCCUCAGCCAUGAAAAGCCCGAUGCACAGAGCGUUGAAAGAAGCUCUGUCGACAUUACAGGAUUCGGUGCUAGCUGAAAUGGUCUUGUCGCCUGAAGUCCUUAUCUCCGCUUUCCCAGAUGGAUACUCAAUAUACAAACCCAUGCUUCUGCUUCCACACAAUGCUUUUGGAUCUACCGCAUGGGAGAUAUUUCUAUCUCGGCAUGCCGUGGAUUCAGAGUUACUAGCACCGGUCUGGCAGUACGUUGCAGCAUCAGUUGGUGCAACACAUGUAGCAAUCAACUCACCUAUCCCACCAAAGACAAACACCAACCCCAAUAUGGAUUCGGGGGCAAACCAGAACCAAGAGAACAUUCUGCGCCGACCAAUCAAUCUUGUACCGAUACACGGUGACUUUGGACCCAGCCCUACGCUCCAGACAAUCUCAUGUCCCACUGCCACUGACUUUGAACAAGCUUUAUGGGUUACGGCAAAACAGAACGGUAUUUGGCAAGUCUGGGCACCUUUGUAUACCAUGUUUAGCCGUGGCAACAUCCGCGAGAAGACUCGAAUACUCAACCUCGCUGCAGUCACCACUGACUUGGACGAAGCCUCGGCAGCUGUGGAUCUCUAUGCAGGCAUAGGCUAUUUUGCCUUUUCAUAUAAGAAGAGUGGAGAGUACCGCCAAGACGGAAUUCGCAGAGUAUUGUGCUGGGAAAUCAAUCCAUGGUCGGUUGAAGGUCUGCGACGAGGCGCAGAGAGGAAUGGCUGGUUAUGCAAGGUUAUCAAGGGAGACGACCUUUGUCAGUUGAGGCGGACUAGUGCAUAUGCCCCGAAUGGGCUUGCUUGCCCAUCGCUCAAUGGAACUGACAUACAAAAAGCGGACUUUUGGGUAUUCCAGGCAAGCAAUGAAAGAGCCAAGUCAGACUAUGCAGCCAUGAGUACAAGCUUGGGCUUGGUUUGUCAGCUGCCCAUUCGGCAUGUAAACCUAGGCUUACUGCCUACUUCGAGAUUAUCGUGGAGUAUUGCAGUUGAUAUGCUAGACGGGCAACGCGGUGGAUGGAUCCACGUGCACGAGAACAUUGGGAUCAGAGACGUCGAGUCGAGAAGCAAGGAGAUUGAGGGAGAGAUUGACAAGCUAGUCGAGCGCCGAAAUGGCGGGACAGGCAAUAUGGCUGUAAGAGUAAAGCAUGUUGAGUGGGUUAAGAUGUAUGCGCCAGGCGUUGUACAUUGUGUCUUGGAUGUGCAUGUCCAAGGAGUACUGUAGUUUUUUGGGCGCAAUACUCGGCGCUUUUUUCCUUCCAUCAGCCACUAGGCAGGCCUAACCAAGUUACUCUGAGCAGGCACGUGGUGUUACCUGGUGGUGUGCAGACUUGUAGAGUAGUGGGAGAGAAUAUGUGUUGCACUAGUUGUAUACAAGAUUUAGCAGCAGGCGGGCUAGUGGGGGUCUUGCGGACACAAGGCUGUUGUUUGGAUGAGUAGAGAUCUUCGCCCUCUCCAAGGCGAUCCUGCUGUUGGUGGACAUGGCCGAUAUCGGGCCACAGAUAGUGAGGCGCUCUUGACGUUUGUAAAGGCGGUUAUGUAUUGGCAGAAAGCUUCUAGGUGAUGUUGCGGUGCUGGCGAGAAGCGCGGUCCGAGCGGCUCCGAACAAAUGUAACAAAGUUUUUUGUGUAUGUACCUGUGGU